AUGGCUAGGCGCGCGCUCGCCCAACGGUCGCCGGGUUGCUUCUGCUUCCCGUGGAGGCUGCUCUGGAUGCUGAAGACGCUGCUGCUGGCCGUGGCCGCGGCGCAGGAGACGUACGCGCCGCACUCCAUCCGGAUCGAGGGCGACCUGACGCUGGGCGGCCUCUUCCCCGUGCACGCGCGCGGCGUGGCGGGCGAGCCGUGCGGCGACGUGAAGAAGGAGAACGGCAUCCACCGGCUGGAGGCCAUGCUCUACGCGCUCGACCAGAUCAACGGCGACGACGAGCUGCUUCCCAACAUCACGCUGGGCGCGCGCGUGCUCGACACGUGCUCGCGCGACACGCACGCGCUCGAGCAGUCGCUCACCUUCGUGCAGGCCCUCAUCCAGAAGGACACGUCGGACGUGCGCUGCACCAACGGCGAGCCGCCCGUCUUCGUCAAGCCCGAGAAGGUGGUCGGGGUCAUCGGGGCCUCGGCCAGCUCCGUGUCCAUCAUGGUGGCCAACAUCCUGCGCCUGUUCCAGAUUCCUCAGAUCAGCUACGCCUCCACGGCACCGGAGCUGAGCGACGACCGCCGCUACGACUUCUUCUCACGUGUGGUGCCUCCGGACUCAUUUCAGGCCCAGGCCAUGGUGGACAUUGUUAAGGCCAUGGGCUGGAACUAUGUAUCCACUGUGGCAUCAGAAGGGAGCUACGGAGAGAAAGGAGUGGAAGCCUUCAUGCAGCUCUCUCGGGAAGCAGGUGGAAUAUGCAUUGCCCAGUCCCUGAAAAUCCCACACGACCACAAGCAAGCGGACUUUGACAAGAUCAUUCAGAUGCUGCUUGACACACGUCCGGCUAGAGCAGUGAUUAUGUUCGCUUAUGAUGAAGAUAUUCGGGAGAUUCUGAACGCCAGUAAAAGAGCAGAUCAAGUGGGGCACUUCGUGUGGAUUGGGUCAGACAGCUGGGGGGCAAAAAACAGCCCCAUUCAUGGACUUGAGGAUGCAGCAGUGGGAGCCAUCACCAUCCUACCAAAAAGAGCCACCAUAGCUGGGUUUGAUGCCUACUUCACCUCCCGCACGCUGGAGAACAACAGGAGAAACGUGUGGUUUGCUGAGUUCUGGGAGGAGAACUUCAAUUGCAAGCUAAUGAGCUCCUCCAAGAAAGAAGACACCAGUAGAAAAUGUACAGGCCAGGAGCGCAUAGGGACGGACUCUAAGUACGAGCAGGAGGGGAAGGUGCAGUUUGUGAUCGACGCUGUGUACGCCAUGGCCCACGCGCUGCACAACAUGCAGAAAGACCUGUGUCCAGAGCACUCGGGCGUGUGCCCGGAGAUGGAAGUGGCCGGCGGAAAGAAACUGCUCAAGUACAUCCGCAACGUCAACUUUAACGGGAGUGCCGGAACAUCUGUGACUUUCAAUCAUAACGGAGAUGCUCCGGGACGCUACGACUUGUUCCAGUACCAGAUGAACAAUAACAGCUCUCCGGGGUACAAAGUAAUUGGGCAGUGGACAGAAACGCUCCAGCUCAAUAUCGAGGACAUGCAGUGGCCCAAUGGUGAGGUGGACAUCCCCAGUUCAGUCUGCAGCCAGCCCUGCAAGACGGGCCAGCGGAAGAAGAUGGUGAAGGGCAUGCCCUGCUGCUGGCACUGUGAGUCCUGCGAUGGCUACCAGUACCAGUACGACGAGACCACCUGCAAGCUAUGCGCCUACAACAUGCGUCCCAACCCGAACCGCACUGGCUGCCAGCCCAUCCCCAUCGUCAAGCUGGAGUGGCACUCGCCUUGGGCUGUCAUCCCCGUCUUCCUGGCCAUGCUGGGCAUCAUCGCCACCAUCUUCGUCAUGGCCACGUUCAUACGCUACAACGACACGCCUAUCGUCCGAGCUUCGGGCAGGGAGCUCAGCUACGUCCUGCUGACCGGAAUCUUCCUCUGCUACAUCAUCACCUUCGUCAUGAUCGCCAAGCCCGACGUGGCCGUGUGUUCCUUCAGACGUAUCUUCCUGGGGUUGGGCAUGUGCAUUAGCUACGCCGCCUUGCUAACUAAGACGAAUCGAAUUUACCGGAUUUUCGAGGAGGGCAAGAAGUCGGUGACUCCGCCCAGACUGAUCAGCCCCACCUCGCAGCUAGCCAUAACAUCGAGCCUCAUUUCCGUGCAGCUUCUAGGGGUCUUCAUAUGGUUUGGGGUGGACCCACCCAACACCAUCAUCGAUUACGACGAGCAGAAGACCAUUGACCCAGAAAAGGCUAGGGGGGUGCUCAAGUGUGACAUCACGGACCUGCAGAUCAUUUGUUCGCUGGGAUACAGUAUUCUGCUGAUGGUUACAUGUACGGUUUAUGCUAUCAAGACACGAGGAGUUCCUGAGAACUUCAACGAGGCCAAGCCCAUUGGCUUCACCAUGUACACCACCUGCAUCGUGUGGCUGGCCUUCAUUCCUAUAUUCUUCGGAACAGCUCAGUCUGCAGAAAAGCUGUACAUCCAGACCACCACACUGACCAUCUCCAUGAACCUGAGUGCGUCAGUGGCGCUGGGCAUGCUCUACAUGCCAAAGGUCUACGUCAUCAUCUUCCACCCGGAGCUCAACGUGCAGAAGCGCAAGCGCAGCUUCAAAGCUGUGGUGACGGCCGCCACCAUGUCGUCGCGCCUCUCGCACAAGCCCAGUGACCGGCCCAACGGCGAGGCCAAGACCGAACUGUGUGAAAACGUGGACCCCAACAGUCCAGCUGCGAAGAAGAAGUAUGUGAGCUACAAUGACCUUGUGAUCUAAAGGACCUCCAUCAAAGGAGGGAAGCAAUCAGUGAGGGAUGCUUGGUCUUUUGCCGUUCUUAUUUUUUUUUUCUUUUGGGCAAAAGGAGAAACGGGAGGAGGAAGAAGGCUUUUAUGUCCCUUUGGUGUACUGCCCACACACAUCCAAGGUCCAGGACAGUGAUUGGGUCCGUGGCUGUACUGUAUCUACACUCGAGGACAUCAGUUGAUAUUUUAAUAUGUCCUUGGAUAUGAGCCAGAAGAUGACAAAAAAAAUAAAAUAAAUAAACAAAAUGGAGAGAAAAAACAUCAACUGAAUCAAGAUGUUCCAAAAAAAUUCGCAGAAAUGUUCUUUUGUUUGGGGGUUCGUUUUGUCCCAUUUUUCCCAACAGAGGAAACACACUGGACAGAACAUAAUGGACAGGACGGUAGUCAACAAUGGCACAGAUCUCAGCUCCUGGCCCUGCAAAGACCUUUUCUCAAGGCGUUUUGCUCUGAUAAUCUUCAAAAAAGAGAAACUUUCUUCAGGGUGUCUCUCUAAGGGCAAUGGCACAGCAAAAGGAUCACAGGGCCCGGGGGGGCCACCUCUUGUCUUUACAUGUACUUCCAAACUGCAAGUUUUCCAGACUUCCCCGUGCGAGUUCGUGUGGUUCUUUAGCAUUCCUGUUACCUUUGCUGUUGGACUUUUUACAUUUUCCGUUGGGAGGUUUUUGUUCUUAUUUCUCUUCUUCUUUUUUCCUCGCCUCUUGGAUGCACAUUAUAUUAAAGCCAUAUUCUUCUCUUUGAGAUGUCAACCCUGUUCCCAAAUUCUUUUUUCUUUCUUUUGUUGCGCUCCUUUUUUUCCUUCUCCUGAUUCAUACGAGCAUCCACUUCACAUUCGAUAUACCUUUUACAGAAAGUCAGUUGCAUCGUGAGGGUUUGUAGACCAUCGACUGUGUUUUCAGUGACUUUGAGAAAAUUUGCGAUAUACGAGAUCUAAAUUCUGACUGACAGUGUUCCAUUUUUUU